AUGAAGAUAUUUGCUAUGCAGUGCAUAUUUUCCACGGUUUUGCUUAAAUGUUUCCUGCCUGCCAGCAUUUUGUAUAACUUAACACCUGUGAGAGCCUUUGGCAAAAGUGUUGAAGAGCGGCGAUCGAAUCAUACUGAGGGCAAGUUGGUAGAAGCUGUAGAAAACUGUAAUGUGUUUAUGUCAUUUUUUUUUUCCUUUGACUUUUCAACUUUGCUCUCUUCCUCCCCUCUGCUGCUGCCUCUGUCUCCUGCUUGCACCACAAAAGCACGCAGCCCGCUCGAGAGCUCCGUGCCCUGCCUAGCGACACGCACGCUGGAUGAUGAAAUCCAAGUGCAGCGCAGCCCCAGCGUGGGAUGGCUCAGCAGUCCAGCCAUGACUCACAGAAAUCUGACUUCCACCAGUCUGAAUGACAUCUCUGACAAGCCUGAGAAAGAUCAGUUGAAGAAUAAAUUCAUGAAGAAAUUACCCCGCGAUGCUGAGGCCUCCAAUGUGCUGGUUGGGGAGGUAGACUUCCUGGACAGUCCCUUCAUUGCCUUCGUCCGGCUGCAGCAGGCAGUUAUGUUGGGUGCUCUGACAGAAGUCCCCGUCCCUACCCGAUUUCUCUUCAUUCUACUGGGACCUAAGGGCAAAGCAAAGUCAUAUCAUGAGAUUGGCCGAGCCAUUGCUACCCUCAUGUCUGAUGAGGUGUUCCACGACAUUGCCUAUAAAGCCAAGGACAGGCAGGACCUGAUCGCUGGCAUUGAUGAGUUUCUGGAUGAAGUCAUUGUGCUUCCCCCUGGGGAAUGGGAUCCAGCUAUUAGGAUAGAGCCACCCAAGUCUCUUCCGUCUUCAGAUAAAAGGAAAAACAUGUACUCUGGUGGAGAAAAUCUGCAGAUGAAUGGAGACACACCUCAUGAUGGAGGACAUGGAGGUGGGGGCCAUGGGGACUGUGAAGAGCUGCAGCGAACUGGCAGAUUCUGUGGUGGCUUAAUCAAAGACAUAAAGAGGAAAGCACCGUUCUUCGCCAGUGACUUCUAUGAUGCUUUAAAUAUUCAAGCCCUUUCAGCCAUUCUCUUCAUCUACCUGGCCACAGUGACCAAUGCUAUCACUUUUGGAGGACUGCUUGGUGAUGCUACGGAAAACAUGCAGGGGGUGUUGGAGAGUUUUCUGGGCACAGCAGUCACCGGAGCGAUAUUUUGCCUUUUUGCUGGCCAGCCACUCACUAUUUUAAGCAGCACAGGACCUGUCCUUGUCUUUGAACGACUUCUCUUUAAUUUCAGCAAAGACAACGAUUUUGACUACCUGGAAUUUCGUCUCUGGAUCGGCCUCUGGUCAGCCUUCCAGUGUCUCAUUCUUGUUGCUACUGAUGCCAGCUUCCUGGUCAAGUACUUCACACGCUUCACCGAAGAAGGUUUCUCCUCACUUAUUAGCUUCAUCUUCAUUUAUGAUGCUUUCAAGAAGAUGAUCAAGCUGGCAGAUUAUUACCCUAUCAACUCCGAGUUCAAGGUGGACUAUAUUACACAUUAUUCUUGUGCCUGUGAACCACUGGGUCCAGAUAAUAGCUCGUUUUUUAACAGAACAACUGUGUCGUCAGCUGAGGGGCCGUUCUAUUCCUCUGCUGAGAUGUACAACACCACCAUCGACUGGUCGUCUCUGACAAAGAAGGAGUGCUUGAAAUAUGGAGGACACCUUGUGGGCAACAACUGUGGAUAUGUCCCUGACAUCACCCUUAUGUCUUUCAUCCUCUUUUUUGGCACCUAUACCUGCUCCAUGGCCCUGAAGAAAUUCAAGACUAGUCGCUAUUUUCCAACCACUGUAAGUCUCUCCUUUCACACUAGCAGUUGGCUUCUCUACUCUUUCAGAGUGCAAAGAUGAGCCAUCCUUUUGUAU